GAGAGCUAGCUCCGGAGCAAAGCGAUAGGCACUUGAAUCGUCCAACUUUUAAUGUAUUCAGCCUGAACCUAGCCAGCAUAGCCUAUCUAGGCGGGCUAUUUGUUCACACUAGCUAUUCCUUUUUUGUUUGUCGAUUAUAUUUUAAUAUAUUUCUACCGCCUGACAAUUUAGUCAAAUCUGUAGGCUGUCGAACAGAACAUUACUGUGAGUCCCAACUUUUAAAGGAGGCUCACCUGGACACGUGGGAAACUGUAUGGACCAGGCCUAAGAUGAAGAGUUUUAAAGCAAAGUUUAGGAAGAGCGAUGCCCAUGAAUGGAGCAAAAAUGAUGAGCGCCUCAUGGCAGCUGUGGAACAUGGGGAGGUAGAGAAGGUGGCCUCCCUCCUCACCAAGAAAGGAGCCAGCGCGUUCAAACUGGACAGUGAGGGCAAGUCAGCUCUCCAUGUGGCUGCCACCCGUGGUCAAACUGAAUGUCUGGCAGUCAUGCUGGCCCAUGGAGCAGACACAUCUGUCAUAGACGCCUCAGGUUUUAGUGCUUUACACCUCGCUGCCAAAAACAACCAUCAGGAGUGUGCCAAAAAGCUUAUACAGAGUAAAUGUGUGUUGGAUACUCUGGACUGCUCAGGGAAGACAGCCCUUCACCACGCAGCUGCCAGUGGAAACAUUGUGAUUGUCCAAACCUUAUGUGAGCACAAGUGUCCAGUGAACGUCAGAGACAUGGAUGGCCUCAGCCCCCUGCUGCUGUCCGCCAGACACGCCCAUGCUGAUGUUUGUAGCAGCCUCCUGGACUGGGGAGCUGACAUCAACGCGUGUGAUAAGAACGGCAGGACAGCAGUGAUGCUGGCCAGUGAGAGCAGCAGUAUGUCUGUAGCGGAGGUUCUGGUCCAGAGAGGAGCUGUUCUUCAGGCUGUGGACUCUUUGGGUCAUGACGUUCUGCACUACGCCAAGCUGUCUGGCAGCAGUGAGAUCAGGGCCGUCCUCACUGCCGAGUUGCACAGUGCACACUCAGACAGCGACACCCCAAAGUCCCCCAAAUCUCCUCAGCAUGAUCAAGUGGCUAGGUUGGGUGGCGAUCCAAGCACAACUCCCAAAAAACGAAAAGCACCUCCACCUCCCAUUAGCCCUGUGCAGAUGUCUAGUCCCAACUCUCCCGCGUACAUGACCCCAAAUGAAACUCCAGUCUCCAGUAAAAGUUGUGGAUUUAAAAUAUUUAAUUAUAAGGAAGGGGAGUUGCAUGGCAUGUCUCAGAGGGAGGAGGUGGAGAAGCUAUAUGAGGAGAAGUGCAUGCUGCUGGAGACUAUUGAGAAUCUGAAGCAGAUUGUGGACCAGACUGUGACUAUAAGCCAGACUGAGACGGAGCCGGGUCAGGAGCCCAAGGCAGAGGACGGUGGGAAGGCAGACUCAGCUCUGGUAGUGGCCCUACAUGCCAAGAUUACAGCUCUGUCUCUGGAGAACCAGCAGUUAGCCCAAAUACUCAAGAAGCGUCCGUCACCCCAGGGAGGUGAGGUUAGCCAAGAGGACUCGUCCCGCCCCAACAGUAUGAACUCUAAUGCCUCCUACCACAUCACCCACAAGUCCCCCAGCGAGUCCCUGCUCCAGCCCCAGGGGACGGAGGAGGAGGACAUGUCUGAGGGGUCUGCCCUGGAGCUCAGUAGCUCCUCCGUGAGACAAGAGGAGGAAGAGAGUGGGGGGCGAGAGAAGGAGGGAGGCAAGGAGGAGAUCCGACUGCUGAGGGAGACCCUAGGGAGAGUCCACUCCAAACUGCAGGAGACGCAGAAGGAGAACCGCACGCUCCAUGCCAGGCUCAAACCUGAGCAGGGGGAGGAGACAGGGAGGGAGGGGGAGGUGCUGCUGGAGAGUCUAGCAGAGCUCCAGGCCAAGCUGACGGAGACACAGGAGAAACACCAGCAGGCCAGAGAGGAGGUGCUGGCCCUCAUGGCACAUAUUGAAAGAGGAGAUGGUGGAGGAAUUGAAACGACAGAGCAAGAGCUCCAGAGACUGAGAAGCUCUCUGGAGCAGGAAGUGAAAGAGCUGAGGUCCCAGCUGGCCCAGUCAGAGCAGCAGAGGGAGAGUGAUGUAGGCCGGAUCAGAGAGCAGGAGGCCAGGCUGAAGGCAGCAGACGACAGCGGUGAUCAGGAGAAGAGCCUGCUGGUGGACCGGUACAAGGAGGCGCAGGAGGAGAUCAGGAUGCUGCAGGAGGCUCUGAGGGGGACGGUCCCCGUGGAGGCUGCAGCUAAAGACUUUGAGGAGAUGAAAGGCGAGCUGGGGAGCGUGAUCGAUGGGCUGCAGCGCCGCCUGCUGGAACUAUCCAAGUCCUACAGUGAGGCCAAGAGUGAACUGAGCUCCACCAGGAACCAUCUGGAGGAGAUCCGGGCUGUCAAGUCUAAGCCUGGCAGCCCUGUAGCCUCGCCAGACAAGGAGCAGGCCAUGCUGAGAAGCAGAGUAGAGGAGCUGCAGGCAUCGCUAGCCGACACACAGAGCAAGUACUCAGCCUCUCUGGAGGAGAUUGCCCUCCUGAAGCAGGAGGCUGAGGCUCAGGAGUCAGUGGCGUUAUCUGACCAUACCCAGAUGGUGUCCUCUCUAGGCAGCGCCAUCAAGGACUUGGAGGCCCAGGCAGAUGCUCUACGACAACAGCUGUCCCAGAGGACCUUGCAGGUGGACACCCUACAGAACAGACUGACCAUGGAGAAGGAUGAUUCUAUAUCACGGCUGGAGCACCAGCAGAUGAGAGAGGGCCUGGAGAAGGAGGAGGGCAACCUGACGCAGCUCCUCCAGGGGGCCCUGAGGAAGCAGGAUGAGAUGGCUCUGGAGGCGGCUGCAGCGUGGCAAGAACUGAGGGAGGGGAGGAGUGAGAGGGAGGCCCUGCAGGAGCUGGCCAUCAGCAGGGAGAAGGAGAACCACACUCUGAGCACCAAGCUCAGAGAAGCCCAGGAUGCAAUUGUUCAGCUGAAGAAACUGGUGGAGGAACAUGUCAGCUCAGAGAGAGAGAAGAAUAAGAAGAUUGAUGACCUGUCGAGAGAGGUGGGGAAGUUAAAGGAUGCCUUAAACAGCCUAUCCCAGCUGUCUUACAGUGCAGGCUCAGCCAAGAGACAGCAGACCCUGCAGCAGCAGCAGCUGGACAACCUACAGCAGCAAGUCAAGCAGCUGCAGUACCAGCUAGGGGAGUCAAAGAGGCAGCACCAUGAGAUAGUGUCCGUCUACAGGAUGCAUCUCCUAUACGCCGUCCAGGGUCAGAUGGAUGAGGAUGUUCAGAAAGCCUUGAAGCAGAUUCUGAUGAUGUGCAAGAUGCCAACAGAAGCCAAAUGAAGUGUCUGAAAUGGAACAGCUGUUUACUGACCAUGCUGGAGAGGAGACGCAUAGAAACUAUAUCCUUGGUCUCCUAACCUAUCUGAUCUAUCACACUACAGUGCACGUGUGCCCAUCAAAAGCAAAGAUAAUGAUACAAAUAGAAAUAAAAGACAUUCUUCAUCUGUCUACAAAUGUUGUCAGCAGGGAGCUAUGAAGACGAAGGUAGGAUGGCAGUCAAUAGAUUCGACUGCCAUCCUACCUUUGACCUAGCAGUGUUCGUUUUGUAAUGUUUUUUAGUUUUCUAGUCUGGCUAACACCUGACUCGAAGUCCUCCUGACUUCACAGUAUGAAAAGGCUAUUUUGAUGUUGUCGGCACGACCACUCACAGCCCCUGAGCGCCGUCCCUUCCAAUACAACUGUUGGAUUUUCAAAACCAAACAACGUGAGGUCUCAACCCCCCAGGAAAGAAGCCAUUUUUGAGGGAACCAAUCAAAGCUCAACCCAUUUCAGCGCAAAUACUGCAUUUACGAACAGACUCCUCUCCAGACCAUUGUGUCACAGCUCUCUUUCGGCUGUGUACCAUGUGAGUCGCGUCAGCCAGGCUAAUGGUGUUCAUGAUAUAAUCAAAAUCAUUUUUUAGAUCUCUGCAUGCAACUUCCAAAAUCAACCAAAGAAGAACACUGCUAAAUGCUUUAGCGACACUUCAAAUUAUAAAAGUAAUAUUUUCAAAUAUAUGCAAGAUUUUUCAAGAUACAUUUAUAAAUUAAAACAAAGUUUGGCGGUUGUAUUUUUUAACAACCCUAUUUGGUGGUUUUUGUAUGAAUUCAAUAUUGUGUGUGAUAACCUAGGCCCUUUUUAGUAUCUGCAAUCUGUGAAUGCCAAUUUUACCCAAUUGUGGGUUUUUGUCCUCAUUUACACCAUAUUCCCUUGGGAGUCUUUUUAACUCAAUAUGACUUUAUGAACCGAAUUGACUUUUAAAAUAAUGAAAGCCACCUUUCGUUGCUUCAACAAUUAUACUCAUUAAGCAAUAAUCCAGUACUUGAAGGGUGAUGUGGUAUCAGAGCUCUGGGUAGUCUCUCUGAGGACAGAACAUACCCAUGUGACUAAUGCACUUUCCUCAUGCUGUCCUCCUGUUCAAACUCUAUAGUCUGCAAGAAUAUAUGGUCUCUGCAGAUUACCUGUUACAUCUUUGUUUUGUGCCAGCUCUUUUUGUGUUGAAGCCUGACAGAUUUGUCUUGAUUCUUGAAGGGUUUAAAAGUUAUAUUGCAGUGUUCUUCUUCCGUGCUUUUGCAAUAUCAUUAUAGUGUAAGCUGUAUAAGGUAUUGUUUCUUGAUUUUUGGGGGGAUGAAACAUGCAACCAUUUCAGUGUUGGUAUGGCAGCAUGUGAGGCUCUUGGGAUGUUGAGCAAGUUGCUCAGCCUCAUUCAAUCCACUUCAUCCACCUACUUACUAUACCUGAGCAGUACAGUAUGUAUUGUAUUGCAUUGUGAAAUUCUUUACGCAUAAGUAAGAACUCUAAUCUCUCGAUGACAGAUGCUCGUAACAUACAGUAAAUGGUAGUAGCAUCUGUCCACAGGCUGUGGGAUCUGACGACUAACGAGAAACUUUGAACCGGUAUGCAGAUUUUAUGUCAUUGAUCAUUUGGACAAAUCACGAUUUCGCAGGUGCCCACAUCUUUAAAAUUUCAGAAGGGGAGGGGAUAUUUGACCCCUAGACUUGCCCAAAACUGGCUGAGAGUUUAUGUAUAGAGGGGCUAAGACUCGUUAGUACCUUUUCUAACACAUCUCCCCCCAAAAUUUAAACAAGCAUCUGAUACAAUCACUCAAGAUUUGAGUACAGUGUGUCCUAGAUAAGUAUGGCUCCAAUGUGUCUGUGGUGCUGUUUAUUGUACUGUAUUACGUUUAAAUCAAGUGCUGUAUGAUCUCACUGAUAAGUGUAACAACUGCACUAUUUCAGCCCUUCACUUCCACUGUUGUCCUCUACAAAUCAUGUCUUUUCAACAGCCUAGGAAAUCUGAACUCUUUUCAGUACAAGCAACUUUACGGUUGUACAACUGCAAUGUUACAAGGAACAAUGCAGCAGAUGCAUCCAAUGAUAAAUAACUGAGUAUGUUAGUGGGUUGAACACACAGGAUUGUCACAAUUACAUGGAAUGUGACAUAUCUUACACAUAGUGUACUUCCAUAGAAUGAUCACUGUGAUUGAUGUACAAUUACAUCAGAGCUGUGAUAUGCAGGAUAGCUCCAGAUAUGGAUGGCAUACUGUACAUAACCCAAACCAACCAAAGUGCUGUACUUGAUGUUCUUAUCAUACAUUUCUGCACCUAAGGCUCCUCUGAUGCUGCACUGUAAACAUGUUUUUUUAUACCUGGCAGUAAGUUACUGUAAAAGGAAAAGUACAAUAUGUUACCAUAAAUUCCAAAUAAACUUGGGUUUAACAGUACAUACUGUACUUUUUUAGUUUUACAGUAACAUACAGGUAACUAGCUGCCAGUAAGUUACUGUAAAAACAACAGGAUUCUUUUUUUUUACAGCUUGUGUUUACUCAUGCUGCCCAAUUCUGUUCUUUUCUCCAAUGGAGAAAAAAAUAAAGACCAAUUAGUGGCAAAAUAUCAGUAUUGAGAUGUCUGUGUAAACGCAGCCUAAAUGAUUUAGGAUUAUGCACUACAUCUUCAUACUACCCAUUGGAAUACAUUUCGAAAUGAUUACAUUUACAAUAUCUAUGAGUACUUGAUCUUUCAGACUAAGUACACGGUACAGACAGGAAUGAAGUUGCCCUUUUGUCGCAGGUCACUAAGGCUGUGUUUAGACAGGCAGCCCAAUUCUGAUAUUUUUUCCACUAAUUGGUCUUUGGACCAAUGACAUCAGAUCUUUUCACAUCAAAUUAUUUUCAGAGCUGAUCUGAUUGGUCCGUAGACCAAUUAGUGAAAACAAUAUCAGAAUUGGGAUGCCUAUGGAGCCUAAGAGUUUCUCAAAUAACUCUUGUUAAUAAGGUAAAAAGAAGACUCCUCCCUCAAUGACAGAGAAGUUAAUAAGCGUUGCCUGAAUGUUUUAAAUUAGAAAGGGAUAAGGAAGGAUUCAUGUCCUUUGUGCUUCCUGUUUUCCAACUUGUUUUUGUAAUUCAAACAGAUUUUUGUGUUUGUUUGCCAAUUGCUUUUCACCCACUUCAAUAAAUUGUGAAUGCCUCG